AUGGCAACACCGCACAUCGACGUAAACCUUUUCGUUUAUCAAAAAGUUCCAAAUACCUGCUUACAGGUAGAGGUUGGGAAAACCCCUGAGGAGGACAAAGUGUAAGGGUUUCUUUCUUUGAAACAUUCUACUGUUGAAACUUUCUAAUAUCUCUUUUUCAAAAACAGGGUCCGCGUGCAGCCUGGAGCAGAGCCGCCACGUGCAAAAGCUGGCCUCGACAUAGGUAUCGAUCAGGAAAAAAAUUAUCAAUCUAUUUUUCGAAUUAUGUAGAAAACGUUAUCGGGCCAGCGACCCCCGAAGAUCCCAACUGCAUUUGUGGAACAGAGGGUGUGAGUUCGUUUUUUGUUUUCAAGAAAAAAGGACGGAAAGAAGUUUACAUCGAUUUAAUGUCUAAACGGGUAUACUCGUGUUUUUUGAGUCUAUGAGUCUCAAUUGGGCUGAAACGGUGAAACAGCGGGUUUAAAAAGUGCUUAUUUCAAAAAUCGACUGUGGUAAAAAUGCCAAAAGCUCUACAGUUUGUGCUCAUUCGAGCACAUUUGAGAGCCCGUUUUAGCGCGGCUGGAAUAUCCUGAAAGUCAUACGAAAAUUGAAAUUCAGAAUUGUUUCUGCAACGCGACGCUCAACGCCGGAAUCAACCUCUUCUUCGGCUUCGUCUUCGGGGCUUUCGUAGUUAAUUGGAUGUACUUCGCCCUUCCACUCUACGUAAGAUAUCCGUUACAUCAAAACGACUUUGGUCAACAGCUAAUCGGAGAAAAUCGUAAAGACGUUCAAAACGUUGAUUUUUCAGCUGCUUUGCCUCAUCUUCGGACUUCUCGUCUACUUCAUGGCAGAACACCACAGAUGGUUCUAUCUUGUCACCACAAUCUCUUGGGUUUUCUUUCCUUUAAAAUUCAGAUUGAUUAGAAUAUAUGAAGAUUCAUAGUAAUAGAAAAAAUGGAAAAUCCUGGAAAAAUCUGAAAAAAAAGCUCUCUUUCAGAGCCUCAGAGGUCUCUUUUUUCUAUUUUAGCGGCUUCUCGGUGUCAUGAAAAUGAAUUUAUCUAAAAAUAACUACAUUUUUAUUUCCAGUUCUUGGUAGGGCUGUCAAGCGCGACGAUGGUCGUCGUCUUGAUACUCGCCUUGUUCCACCGUGACAACGCGCGCAUCAGGGAAUGUAAGUUUUUUUUUGAAACAACGAACUCUCUUUUUCAAUUCAACUUAGGCUUGUUUGACAAAUACAUGCACUUUUUCAGUCCCCUUCCCCAUCUUCAACUGGUUCGCGCUGAUCUUGUGGACUAUGUUCAUGACGUUCGUCGACUUCUCCUUCUUCCUCUCCUCGUUCCGUCUUUUCCGCGGGACCGACUAG